UGCCUCAACCAAUGGCACGUCCAGGGAGCGGUCCACAUUCAACGCAGUGACAGGUUUCGGUCGCAGCCGCCUCCCUGGGAAAGAUGGUCUCCUCUUUUAGUAGGAUGUAACGCCGCUUUUCCGGAGGGCUCGUUCCUGCUAGUCUGUGCCGAUGGAGGUCCUGGAGGACAGAUCCGCUGCAGCCGUCACAAUGCACGCCAUGCCUCUGUGCACUGAUAGCGGUGAGGACAUAUUCGACUGCAUCCAGCGGGGAGAUGUUGAACAGUGCAUACUUGCCGUGCAAAAUGAUCGAUCGCUCCUCAGAUACAAAGGCUGGGGUGGAUUCAGUCCUCUCCAUUACGCUGCCCUUCACGGAAACCGCUCCCUUGUGGACUUCUUCCUCAGCUCUGGUGCAGACCCCAACGUGACGUGUGAUGCAGGGCAGUCAGCUUUUCAUUUUGCCUGCAGGCAGGGAAACAUCUACAUCAUGCACAAAAUGAUGCAAUACGGUGCAGAUUUGCGGCUGGUGGACUUGCAGGGGAAAACAUCCAUGCACCAUGCAGUUACUGGUGGCAACAUAGUUGCUGUGCAGUAUCUGUGGGAGACAGGAAUGUUCAGGUUCUCUGACGCAGACAUGUACAAGGUGACACCUCUUCACCUCGCUGCAUCCACCGGCAACAUAGACAUGAUUCGCUAUCUGCUCAAAGACCAGCGGUGGGUUGUGAAUGCAGUUGACCAGCAGGGAGCGACGGCGUUCCAUGUUGCUGCAGAGAGGGGUGGAGUAGAGGUAUGCUGGACUCUGCUGCAGAAGACCGGCUGCAUGGUGCUUCAUCAGAAGAACUACAGCGGCCUGACGCCGCUGGAUCUCUGCAGACGGGGAAAAACCUUCAGACAUCAGCAACUCACCAAACUACUAAAGCGGUACAUAAACGAGCCAAUACAUCACAAGCCCAGCGAAUCACAUGGUUUAUACUACUGGACGCUGUUUUUUCCAUCUAUAAGUGGAGCUGCAAUCCUGCUGAUAGCAGCCAUGUUUGGAGGGUAUGGAGGCCUUAUCUGUGCUGUCCUCUUCCCAUGGCUGGCCAGAAGCAUUUUCACCCAGUACUACCGCAUGACCACGUACCAGAGGUUAGCCAAUCCAAUAUACUUGGGGACCCUAUUGGCUGGUGUGAUCCAUUCCCUGGUGUGCUUUGCUGCAAAAUUGGUGCCUAGUGUGUGGCCCACAAGCACCUUGGCUCAGGUGUCCUUGGUCCACUUCUUCAUACUGGUCAGUCUCUUCUAUAUGGUUCUGACUCAGGAUCCUGGGAUUUUAGACAGAGCAGAAUCAGAUCCGCGGUUUUCUUGCAUUGCUGACCUGGUGGAAAACAACCAGAGCCCUCACAGGUUCUGUUCGUACUGUGAGCUUUUCCAGCCCGACUACACGAAGCACUGUAAGCUGUGUGAAGUGUGCAUUAAAGACUACGACCAUCACUGUCUUUUCCUCAACCGCUGCAUUGGCCAGGGCAACCACAGACUCUUCCUCGUCUUCAUCCUCUCCAUGGUGACUGCCCACCUGCUUUUCAUCGCUUCGGGGAUCAGCUACCUGUACGGCAUCACGUUUGAGGAGAGUCCCACCUUCUCGCCGUGGCUCACAUUGGUAGGGGAGGAGUUCUGGGUUGUGGCUCUGAUGGUCAUGAACGGCCUGACGCUCCUGUGGGAGGCCUGGCUUCUGACUGAUCAGUUCGACGCCAUCGCCGCCAGAACGACCACCUACUUUAGACACAUCGAGGGCGAUGCACGGGAGAGGUCGCUGGGGCAACGCUGGCUGGUCGUAGCGGCCUUUCUCCUGGAGGGACGCAGAUCUGUGGGCAGCAGACAAAUCAGCGAAGACAAAACGUCUAUAGACAUUUAAAACUGCUAGUUUGACGCAUUAAGAGCUGUCUUGUUGACCCCAGCACUGUUGCUCGUGUACAGAUUUAAAGCCUUGGAUUGUUCAAACGUAGUGAUGAUCCCUCAUCUCAAUGCCAUUUAAUAUUUUGAAUGCAUGAUUUCCUUAUGUCAGCUGAGAUGGGCCUAAGACACUGGAGAGUACUUAAGAAAAUUGAUGAGAUGAAUGAUCAAAUGGGACACAAGUGAGUUGGUUGGUUGGAAACUUAGAAACAGAAGUGUUAAGGGAAGCCAGACGUAAAUCUAACACAAUGUGCAGAAGGAACCAGACUAGGCAGGAAAUACAAGAACUAAAGGUGGCAGCUCUAAACCUUAUAUACUACGUCAACAUUUUUUAAAACGGAUAACAUACAAAUCUGUCUGACCAUCAGAAAAUCUGGAUACGUAUAACAUUUUUACAUGUUUAGUUUUCCAUCUUAUUACCCAAAAGCUCUUGAUUCAUCCAUCCAUCUGUCAACCAUCCUUCCUUUCUUGUCUUUUCUUUGCUCAUUCUUUCUCUUAUUCUGUCCCUUUAUUUGUUUAUUCUUUUUACUUUCCUUUGUUCUUCCUUCCUUCUCCUUCAUACCUUUUUUCCAUCCUUCCUUCGUUCAAAACCUUCCUCUCUCUUUCUCUUUCUGUCUGCCAGGUUCCAUUUUUACAUCCAGACCACUGUUGAAACAUUUGCCAUGCUGUCAUAUAAAGUUUUGUAUUUACAGUAUCUUACAAACGUGAGCGACACCUCUGACAUUUUUGUAAGUAUUUUGUUGCAUCUUUUCAUUGGACAACACUGAAAGUAGUCAGUGUGCCACUUGUAUAUCAGUGAAAAUUUGCUCUCCCCCCAAAGUAACUUUACACACCCCUUAAUGUUCAACCCGCUUGUUACAACAGUGAGUACACCCCAAAGGGAAAAUGUCCAGAUUGUGCCCAAAGGGUCAAUAUUUUGUGUGGGCCUCUUUUUUUUUUUUUCAGCACUGCCUUAAAGGAGGAAUAAGUAAUAAUGACACCUAGUGGUUCAAAUCGGAACCACACACACACUACAGUACAGCCUGCCGUUUUCUCAACGGUCCGUUGCUACUAUGAAACUCUACUGAAGUUUUUACUAACACAGGACUGGUCUAUGAUGUUGUAUUCUGUUCUAUUUCUGGUCCGGCUCUCUUACUGGCUUCCAUGUUUGCAGGUCUGCUGCUCUUU